AUGAAAACCACUCAUUUCCAAAUAGAGUCUGAUCAGAUAAAAGAGAAGAAAAGUUUGGAAUUAUUUUCUGCAACAGCUCUGCCUAAAAAUAUAGCUGGAUCUCAAGCAGUUGAGAAGAAUUCUAAGCCUUUAGGAUUCAGUGCCAUUAAUACUGAGAUUUUUCAGAUACAUACUUUAACAGGCACAGGAUCCCAACAUUUUUUCUUAUGUAAUUCUUCUAAACCUACAGUUCAACUACUUCUUCCGGCCUCCUUACAUCCCCCUGGACAAGUACCACUAAGUAAAAUAAUUACUCACGGGCAGAAACAUAAGUCUAUUACAAAAGAUAGAGAAGAUUCUUCAAAUGUUUCUUUAGUUCCAUCUUGUUCAGCAAAAACUAUUGUAAAUGAGGGGAAGCAGCCAAAAGAGCAAAAGAUUAAAAAAUCUCUGAAAGUGACAACUCGCUCUGGGAGGAUUUCUCACCCUCCAAAAUAUAAAGUUAAGGACUACAAAUUUAUUAAAACAGAAGACUUGGCUGACUGUCACCCGUCUGAUUCUGAUGACUAUUCUGAGUUGAGCUUAGAAGAUGAUGAAUGCAACAAAGUAAAGGAAGUAUGUGAAUUAUUUAAUACCUUUAAUAAUGACCUGCGGCCAAAAUUGUUUAAGUGUCAGAACUGUGAAAAAUCCUACAUAGGAAAAGGAGGAUUAUCACGGCACUACCGAAUAAAUCCAGGCCAUGGGCACCAAGAGUCUUCAGAAUCUUCUUCUAUAAAUAGAUUUUCUAGAAUGACACAGCUGGAGUGCGCUGAAAAGGCAAAUUGUGAAAGCAACCAUCAACCUUCUUCACCUUUACCAAUUACUCUUGCUUUAGUAAGCAAAAAUGGACUAGCUGCAGAAUUGGAAAAAAAUCUUCAAACAGAAAAUGAACAUCAGUCUGAAAUUUCUGCAGAAGAUAGAAAAUCUGAAGCAUACAGCACCCAUUUGGGACCUGGAAGAAGAAAGCGGCAGAGAAGGUCAUAUCAACCAAAGAUGGCUAAUAGAUCAAGAUGUUCUACAACAUUUAACAGCCUUGGUCAAUUAUCUUCCAAUUCUCUUAGUAUCUCAGCAGAGCAUCUUAGUAGAUUUAAAAGAAAAGAAAAGCUAAAAGAGCUGAUUCAGCAGUGCACCAAUGAAGAGUUUAUGGAGCUGGUAGUUCCACGUAUGACAACAGUUGUUACUGUAUUUGAAUUCCUCCUGAUGAAGGCAGAGAAAAGAUGUCAAACAAAAGCAACCUUUCCAGAUAUUUACCGGGAGUUUGAAGAGCUCCAUGCAAUGGUAAAGAAAAUGUGUCAAGAUUAUUUUAAUAAUUCUGAAUUAAAGCAACCAUUAGAAAUAAAAAACCAUAAGGUAGCUGAAUCACUAGGAAUUACAGAUUGUUAUCUUGAAGUGCCAAAAAUCCAGACAAAUUCUUUUCCUGAAUGUACUGAAUCUACUGAUCAGCCUAUAUUGCUCCAUAUUUCAGGACAGAAACGAGCAGCUGAGUUUUAGAAAUGUACAGCAAAAAUUGUUCUGCAAAAAUAAUAUUGAAAAAAAUAAUAAUAUGAAUUGCUCCAACCAAGAAUUGUGGAUGAUAAAGCUAAUACAGAUUUAUGUGAUCAACACUCAAGAAAAAUUGAACAUUUACAGCCUUUAAAUACACCAGGAUUACAUUAUAUGAGAUACCCAACUGACCAUAGAGGAUGUUCACAAGAAGAACAAAGAUAAAUUCAAGUUAGGACACAGUAAAUGACAUUUAUUAUAUCUCUUGAAACACCUGGAAAAUACAGUCAUCAUUCUCCUUGGUUUUCUUCAUGAAAAAACAGUAAAAAUAAAAUAUAUCAAGAACUUAAGAAAAAUGCUGUUAACAAAUUCUGAACUUUCUUAAAACUUUAAUAAUUUCAACAGUAUUAAACAUCACAUGAGUAAUUCAUCAGUUUAGAUCUCAGGAAAGUGAAAAUUCCAGCUUCAUCCUUCCUUGAAAAUAUAUGAUUAAUCAAUUUAAUAGUAUUUUAGUGGAAGAAAAGAAGAGAAUGUACUAAGUACAACAUGAUAAUAUUGAAGAUUAUGGAAACUGGGAACUUUUCUUGGGGGUAUAUAGGCUUUGCUUCUUCCUGGUGCUAUACAUUAUACAUCUGUUUGUAACAGAAUUUGCUGGUGCUAUGUACAUUAUACAAAUUCUUUUGGCAGUUGCAGCACUUUUAACAGAUACUAAAAUUAAACCAUCAUAAAAAUAUUUUUGAAAGAGUUCUGAAAGUCUACCUGAAAUGUAUAUUAAACAUGAAUUUGUUUUGAUUUCCACAAGCUUGACCAUAAUUAAGAUAUAGUACAAGUUCUAAAAAUAUUCAGGUUUAAGUGUUACCUCCCCAGACUGGUAGUUUUGCUAAUCUGGCUCUAAUAAUAUUGUCUUCUCUUCAGGUAUUCAGGACAGGUUGUCUUUUUCUAACCAUGACACCAAAAUGAUAAAACUUGCAUUGGAGUGCUACCAUGCAAGUUUUACGCUUUUGUACUUACAUUGCCAUAUUGCCCACAAUUACAUAACUUACAGAGUUUGGAUCAUAUCACAACACACUUUUGUCACUUUGUCCCUACUUGCAUACGCCUUUGUCUGCAUAAGAGAUGUAUUGGCUUCCUAAAAGUCAAUACUCUCACAAUGGCUGAAUGAGUCAAAUCUGCAGGAAAGCUAGCAGUACUUAAAACACAAUGCUUAAUCAGUGGUACUAUAGGGAGUUAACAGAAAAUGAAUUUCUCCUAAGAGACAAAUAUAUUGCACCAAUUGCUAUGGAUAUAUUAAUGCUUGACUACCUAUAGUACUGUAUAAAAUUAAGGACAGCUGCCAGAAUUCCUUUGAACAUUUAAAUUAGUGUGUAUGCUAUCCCGAAUAAACUUUGAAAAACCCAGUGCUUUACAGAUUUCUGUUUCUAUCUGAUUUCCAAUUUAAUUUUACUUUUUUAAAAUAUAGAAGAGCUUUAUUUGAGAUUUAAAGUGCCUACAGAUUGUUCCUGAUAUUGAAUCAUUUUAAAGGUAUCUAUUAUUAGACAGUGGUGGGUGUGGGCAUGGCUUGGUGGGUGUGGCAGGGGAAGGAUACUGUAAAAUCUCCAUCCAAUCCCACUCC